AUGCAAUGUGGUGAUAAAGUGGGAGAAGGAGAUAGGAAUAUUAAUUAUAAAACAAAAUUAAUUAAUAACACAAGCACUAGUGGUGUUAUUGAUAAUUGUAAAAAUACCAAUAAUAGAAAUAAUGCUAGUAAUCAGAGU